GAUUGUUGACAGGCAUGAAAAUGACUAUGUCUACGACACCGACGAUGAGUGCUCGGGUACACAGGAAAGUGAUGAGGGCGCCGCAUAAGCGGGCCCACCCGGGUAAGACGCAACACCCGGGCAAAAUGGUGCACGCCGGGAAAAUUGCGCACCACCCGGGUAAACUGGCACAUUUAGGCAAAUUCGGGAAACUCGCGCACUACGCUCACACGCACGCCUUGCGGCCGCCGGAGCCGUGCGAGAACAGUAACGACAGCGGCCUAGGACCCGACGCCGGCAACAGAUGUUCGGACACUUUGGAGGAGUGGGAACACCCGGAGUUGAAACGACGACGCAACGACAGUGAAGCGGCGGUUAAACUAGAAUGCGACGACGCAAACGACGCAUACGCUUUCCGUGCACCGGGCGCGGGAGAACCCGCGUCCGCGACUGUACCCGCGCUGCCUGACGCUACCGCCUCCACGCUUGCGCCGGCGAUACCCACCCCCGUAAUGAGAGCUGGUUGCAGUAUAUCUAGUCCAAACAUACCUGAAACUACUGGCAAAAGAUUCCAGGAUCCAUACAGAUCGUGCGGGAAGCUCGGCAGUGCUGGGAAGUUAGCCAGCAAAUACCCGGGAGGGGGAAAAUUAGUUGGUGCUGGUGGGAAACUAGGAGGGAAACUAGCAGGGAAGUGGGGAGGUAAAUUAGCACAGGCAAUGGCGCGCAGAAGAGUGGUAACGAACAUGAUACCGGGCGGCAGGCCUGGACUCUCGUCGCCAUUGUCCAACCGGUCAAGGGAUGGUACAGUGGAGCUGCAGAUUCUGUGCCAGCCCGAGACACAACACAGAGCGAGAUAUCAGACUGAAGGCAGCCGAGGUGCUGUCAAAGACAAUUCAGGGAAUGGCUUCCCGACUGUCAAAUUACUUGGUUACGACAAACCAGCUGUGCUACAGGUAUACAUAGGCACAGACACAGGCAGGGUUGCCCCACACAUGUUCUACCAGGCGUGUCGAGUGUCAGGAAAGAAUUCCACGCCAUGCAAAGAAAGAAAGGAGGAUGGCACAGUUAUCAUAGAGAUAGACCUGGAACCAGCCAAGAACUGGCAGGUCACCUGUGACUGCGUUGGGAUACUCAAGGAACGAAAUGUGGAUGUGGAACACAGAUUCGGUGAAGCACUAGGGGGUAAUGCGACAGUAGGCUCAGGUACCAGCGCUGCACACAUUUCCCGAGGCAAAAAGAAGUCCACGCGAUGCCGUAUGGUGUUCAGAACUGAUAUCAUCAACGCUGCCGGCCAUACUGAGACCUUACAAGUCUGCUCCACACAAAUUAUAUGCACUCAACCGCCUGGAGUUCCAGAAGUAUGUCGUAAGUCCUUAGUGUCGUGUCCUGCGACCGGUGGACUGGAGCUCUACCUACUAGGCAAGAAUUUCUUGAAGGAGACCCGCGUGGUGUUCUGCCAGCGACAAGAUGGACGCACUCACUGGGAGGAGGAGGUCGCGCCUGAUAAGGAGUUCUUACAACAGACGCACCUAGUAUGCUGCGUCCCGCCAUACUGCCGCACGGACAUAUCCGAGGCAGUAGCGGUGCAGCUAUUCGUGAGGUCUGGUGGGAAGGCCUCGGAGCCUCACGUGUUCUACUACACGCCCCCCUCCCUCGACACCGGCCCUCAGCACUGCUCGCGACACCACACGCAAGGUGGCGAGGAGGCGCGGCCCGUGCUGCUGUGGGGGGGCAUGAUGCCGCCGCCCGCGCUGCCCGUGCGCCGCCCCUCCAUCAUACUGCCCGACCCGCACUCGCCCGUUGGACUCAAAAGCGAGGUCGCCGACGAGACCAGCCAGCACUCGCUAGUAGACGGCGGCGAGUCGUCGUGUGGCGCUGAAGGACCAGACAAGCCAAUGAGCAUGUCUGACGAGCUCAACAUCGUGGACCUCAGGCUCAAGUCUGAGAUGUCCAGGGAUUCACAGAGCCAGGUGGGUUUCGUGGGUGGCUACGACAAUAUAAAGCUGUCCCCAAGCACUCCGUCCGCGAGCUCGCCCCCCUCUCCCCUGGCCACGUUUACGCAGCAGUUGCAGGCCAUACAGAACCAGGUGCAGACCGACAAGAUGGUGGAAACUGUCACCGCCGCCAUCUUCAACUCGGACGACAAUGCGCCACAGAUCUAUCCCACCAUGAUGCAGCCCAUGGACACCAUGCGCCAAUUGAUCUCCUCCAAGAGCGUGGACCCGCUCGAGACCGACAUGAAGGUGCUCAACCCCGAGCUCAUGAUCACUGAGACCUCCAUGCAGCAGAACGUACUGCAGCCCGGCGAGCAAAGACUGAUAGUAUACAACCAGAUGCAGGCCGCGGCGCAGGACGACUCCUUCCCCUUCGGGAACAUGACCAAGCUAGAGAUGGGCUCCACCGCCAUCGAGCACCGCCUGGCCCAGCAGUCGGCGCAGAUGGAGGCGCUCGUCGAGGACGCCAUGAAGGCCACCGCCGCCAUGCUGCCCGACAGCUCCAAGUUGGACGAGCUCGUCAACUCGCGCGUGGACGACCACCUGCAGGGCACCGCGCCCUCGCCCGCCGCCUGCAGCGCGCAGCCCGACCUGCUGCCGCCCAUGCCGGCGUCCGCCAUCUCGCCCGAGGUCAUCCUCAACCCGCAGGUGUCGCCCAGCAUGCUCUGCGAGUCGACGCAGCGCAUCGUGAUGCCGGCCGGGCCCUCGCAGGACGAACUCAUGAUGAUCCAGGACCAGGUGCAGCUCACCUCGGUGAAGACUCCGCCCGCCGCCGUCAAGUCCAUGAUCCUGAACGCCGCCGCCGAGAUCCUCACCUCCGACACCACCAUGAACGCGCUCGUCACGUCGGCCAUCAACACGGCCAAUAUACUCACCACGGAGAGCGUGUCGGGCUCGUCCGGCAUGCAGACCACAGACUCGGCCCAGCCGCCCGCGGAGCCGGCGGGGGAGACCCCGCUGGUGGCCAUGUCGCAGGCCGUGUCGCAGGCCGUGACCCAGGCCGUGUCGCAGGCCGUGUCGCAGGCGGUGUCGCAAGCCGUGACGCAGGAGAUGACGGCGCCCGUGCAGGGACUCACCGACAUGAGCGACCAGGACCUCCUCUCUUACAUAAACCCCAGCACGUUUGACCAAGUGUAAGGCUCGCGUCGCCGAUAGUUCCCGGAUAGUGGCGGGACACUUUGCCUACUGAAUGCAUUUCUUGUGUCGAGGGCUCAAAAGCAGUUUUUAUGUGAAUUUUUAAUGGAUGUCUACGUAGAAGUAAAGUAUUUAGCAAAUAGAGAAUAUAAUCUCCGGACGUGUGGAUGUCGUGUCGCUAUGAUUCUCAAGUUGAGCUUGGUAACUAAUAGUGUUUGGUCGUCAAUUAAUGAAUCGUGUGAGUCAGUAUUACAGGGCAAAUCAAUUUGAACACGUCACACUAACGAAUUAUUGUGGAUCUACCGAGUGUGUGUGGGAUAUACCAGACAUAGUUACAUUCAUCUUAUACUACACCGACUAUAUUGUUGACAAAUCCUAUAUUUAUUGUACAGAUAGUAGUCUACAUGUGUGAACCCUAGGUCUAAUACGGAUGUAUGUAAUCGCGCAAUGAUUGCUAACGCAGCGGAACCCAUUGUGUGUCUAUGUGUUAAGGAACUAAUCAUACGUUGUCUUGUACGUAGGAUUUAUACUUUAUGUAUGUAGAACACAAGUAUUGUAUCAGGGCUGCAGCCCCCGAGAUCCUCCCUUGCUUCUGUAUCAGAAAUGAUAAUUUACAAUUUGUAAUUUUGUCUCAGAUUACGUGAAUUUAGUGAAACUUCAGAAUUGGACAACAUUCUACAACAAGAACUGCGUCGGUUAUACGUGUUGAUUGACAUGUCACCUCUCCUUGCCAGCCACCACUUCACGCCAUUGCGAUCUUGCGCCGUUUGUGGCUCGAUGGCAGAUACGACCAGUAUUGUCCCUCCCGAUCACUCAGUGAUACGAA